AUUUGACGUUUCAAAAGUGAGCCGAGAAUUCUCAAUUCAUUCGAAUUUCCACGAAAAAUUUAAAUUAAACUAAGAAAAUCAGACAUUUUGAGCGUGAAAAGUGUUUAAAAUUAAGGACGAGAAAUGUCUGAUUCUGAAGUGAGUAACGCUUCAGACAGCGGUUCCGAGGGAUCAAAUCGUUCGUCCCGCUCCCGCAGCGGAUCCGGAUCGGACAAUGAGGUUCAACAACCGCAACGAAAUCGCAAAAAUCGUCGCCCGCGUGACGAAGAAGAGGAAGACGACAUGGAUUCGGAAGAGUACGAGGAGGAAGACGAUCAUCCGCGCAAGAAAAAGAAGAAGGAACGUUACGGCGGAUUCAUUAUUGACGAGGCAGAAGUCGAUGACGAGGUUGAGGAAGACGACGAAUGGGAAGAUGGAGCGCAAGAAAUUGGCAUUGUCGGAAACGAAAUCGAGGAAUUUGGUCAAACUGCGCGCGAAAUCGAAAAUAGACGUCGCGGAGCCCUUUGGGACUCGCAGAAAGAAGACGAAAUUGAGGAAUAUUUGCGUAAAAAGUACGCUGACGAGUCUGUGGCACGUCGUCAUUUCGGCGAUGGCGGCGAAGAAAUGUCCGAUGAGAUUACGCAGCAAACUUUGCUGCCCGGAAUUAAGGAUCCCAACUUGUGGAUGGUCAAAUGUCGCAUUGGCGAGGAAAAAGCAACGGCUCUUUUGCUGAUGCGUAAGUUCCUGACAUACGCAAAUACGGAUGAACCGUUGCAAAUUAAGACAGUCGUGGCUCCGGAAGGCGUCAAAGGCUACAUUUACGUCGAAGCGUACAAACAAACGCAUACAAAAGCCGCCAUCCAAAAUGUUGGAAACUUGCGCAUGGGAAUUUGGAAGCAAGAAAUGGUCCCGAUCAAGGAAAUGACUGACGUACUAAAAGUCGUCAAGGAUCAAAGCACGUUGCGAUCGAAACAAUGGGUUCGUUUGAAGCGCGGCUUGUACAAAGAUGACAUCGCGCAAGUCGAUUACGUCGAUCUCGCCCAAAAUCAGGUUCAUUUGAAGCUUUUGCCGCGUAUCGAUUACACGCGUUUACGUGGCGCCCUGCGAACAACCCAAAGUGAAGCCGAUGACGCGAAACGCAAGAAAAAACGUCGUCCGCCAGCAAAACCCUUCGAUCCCGAACAAAUUCGCGCAAUUGGCGGCGAAGUUACAUCCGACGGAGAUUUCUUGAUUUUCGAGGGAAAUCGUUACAGUCGCAAGGGGUUUUUGUACAAAAACUUCACAAUGUCGGCAAUUCUCGCAGACGGCGUCAAACCAACACUUGCCGAGCUCGAAAGGUUCGAAGAGCAACCGGAAGACAUCAACAUUGAAAUUGCUGUCUCGAAAUCCGAUCCAUCGGGAACACAUUCCUUCUCAAUGGGAGACAAUGUCGAAGUUGCAUGCGGCGACUUGGAGAAUUUGCAAGCGAAAAUUAUCGCAAUUGAUGGCGCCAUGAUCACCGUUCAGCCGAAACACGAAGACUUGAAGGAUCCGUUGAUCUUUAAGGCGGGCGAGUUGCGGAAAUAUUUCAAAGCGGGAGACCAUGCGAAGGUACUUGCGGGUCGUUAUGAGGGCGAAACUGGCUUGAUUGUGCGUGUCGAGCCGCAACGCGUUGUUUUGGUGUCGGAUUUGACGAUGCACGAGUUGGAAGUUUUGCCACGCGAUUUGCAAUUGUGCUCGGAUAUGGCGACAGGCGUUGAUUCCUUGGGGCAAUAUCAAUGGGGAGAUUUGGUUCAAUUGGAUGCACAAAACGUUGGUGUAAUUGUCCGUUUGGAGCGCGAAAACUUCCAUGUGUUGAGCAUGCAUGGAAAAGUCGUCGAAUGUAAGCCAACUGCUUUACAAAAACGUCGUGAGAACCGAAAUACGAUCGCUUUGGACAGCGAACACAAUCAAAUUCGUCGCAAAGAUAUCGUCAAAGCCAUCGAAGGACCCCAUGCUGGUCGAGAUGGCGAAAUCAAGCACAUUUAUCGCAAUUUGGCAUUCUUACACUCUCGUAUGUACACCGAAAACGGCGGUAUUUUCGUCUGUAAAACGCAUCACUUGCAACUUGCGGGCGGAAGCAAAAAUAAUGCCAACAACGCUGCGCCAUUGGGACUUUUUAACGGGCUCAUGUCGCCCCGCAUCCAUUCUCCGAUGCAUCCUUCGGGCGGUCAACGUGGCGGAAGAGGCGGAGGUCGCGGCGGACGAGGCGGUUUCAACAAUCGCGUUUCGCGUGAUCGUGAAAUUCUCGGAAAAAGUAUCAAAAUUACCGGAGGUCCGUACAAGGGCGCCGUUGGAAUUGUCAAAGAUGCCACUGAGAGCACAGCUCGUGUCGAACUGCAUUCGUCGUGUCAGACAAUUUCUGUCGAUCGUAAUCACAUUGCUGUCGUUGGACAACCCGCAAAGGAUGGCAGUAUUUCGAGUUAUGGCAGAACUCCGGCACGUACACCGUCGUCGUCGCACGGAGCUCAAACACCGAUUUACAAUGCGGGAUCAAAGACACCGUUGCAUGGAGGAGCAACGCCGCAAUACGAUGGAAGUCGAACACCCUUUGGCGGCAUGACUCCGUCGCACGAUGGCAGUAUGACGCCACGACAUGGCGCUUGGGAUCCCGCAAAUACGCCCGCACGUAUGAACGAUUACGAGUAUAAUUUGGAUGAGGCGAAUCCAUCGCCGGGAUAUAAUCCAAGCACGCCAGGAUACCAACACACUCCAUUCGCGCCCCAAACUCCCGGCUCAUCUCACAUGUACGGCAGCGAAAGUUACAGUCCGUAUCAAGCAAGCUCCAGCCCAAGCCCGAGCCCUUAUGCAUCUGGUUACAUGGGCACUCCAUCGCCAACUGGUUAUUCGCCCGCUGCCGGGCCCUCAUCUCCCUACAAUCCACAAACGCCGGGCGCCAGCUUGGAUUCCCAAAUGAACGAUUGGUGCACAACCGACAUCGAGGUGAAAAUUAAGUCGAACGACGACAACGACUUGUCCGGGCAAAAUGGCAUCAUUCGUACCGUCAACAAUGGCGUUUGUUCCGUCUUCUUGAUCGAGGAAGAUCGCGUCGUGACGGUUCAAGCGAGCAAUUUGGAGCCCGUUGCACCACGUUUGCGCGAAUAUUGCAAAGCUAUCUCGGGCGAGAAUCGCGAUCAGGUCGGACAAGUAUUGCAAAUUUUCGGCGGAGGACGUGAAGCUUUGGUUAAAUUCAAUUUUUCGAGUGAGCCGCAUAUGGUACCCAUGUACACUUUGUGCAAAAUGAAGUCAGACUAAGAAAAAAAAAAGUGGAAUGGACUACAUGAAUGAAUGGAAGACAACCGGAAAUAUUCAACUAUUGAUUUUUUUUUGUUCUACACAAACCGGAGUUAUUCGAUAAAUUAUUUUUUUUUGCUCUUUUGAAUAAAAUGCAAAUUAUUUCCUUUAACUA